ACCAGAAGAGGCAGAGGUGCUCCUUCCCCUCCCCGGUCCAAACUUCACUCACAAAGCCCGAUAUUAUAUCUGUCAGGCAAGACAUCUGCAUGGACAAACCCGGGACUAAUACCCGUGUUUUCGUGCGAUUUAUGGCGAUGAGGGAUUUCAGAGGCUUAACGCACCUCCGAUUGCCAAACAAGGGGCUUUUACGCUCAAUUAUUUGCUAGAGAAAAAAGUGGGGAAAGGCGAAGGGGAGUGCAUGUUACUCGGAGGGCUUCAUUUCCUCGAUGCUGCAGAGCAGGAGCUGGAUGACAUGAUGCUGCAGAGCCCGCUCACCUCCACGCCGUUUUCUGUCAAGGAUAUCCUGAAGCUGGAGCAGCAGCAGCAACAACAGCAACAGCAGCAGUCCGGAACCCUGGAGCUCACGCACCGGAUCCACACCCAGCAGCACUUGUCCCGCUCUCCUCCCCAGCAGCAGCAGCAGCAGCAGCAUUUCCAAACCGCGCCGUCCUGCAUGCUCGCCGGAGCCCGGGACAGCCCUUCCUUCUCGGACGGAGAAGACAACCUGGCUUACCUCAGCGCGCUUGCAGUGCGGGAGGAAGAACGGGGGGACACCAGCCUGUCUCCGGACAUGUACGUGCAUCCCGGCCUGCAGGGAGCCAAGCUGGAGGCCGCUGAGCUGGAGGAGCAGGAGAGCAAAAACUGCGGGCUGGUGUCCCGGGAGGAGGCAGCCGAGGGCGGGCAGGGCGACUCGGAGAGGCCGGUGCAGAAGCAGAGGAGCCGGCGGAGACCCAGAGUGCUUUUCUCCCAGGCGCAGGUCUUUGAGCUGGAGAGGCGCUUCAAGCAGCAGCGCUACCUGUCCGCCCCGGAGCGAGAGCACCUGGCGACCACCCUCAAACUCACUUCGAACCAGGUGAAGAUCUGGUUUCAGAACCGCCGCUACAAGUGCAAACGGCAGCGGCAGGACAAGUCUCUGGAAGCGACGGGGCAGCACCAUCCUCCGCCGCCGAGGCGCGUGGCCGUGCCGGUGCUGGUUCGGGAUGGGAAGCCGUGUCUGGGAGGAGCGCAGAGCUAUGCCGCUGCGGCUACUGCUCCGUACGGAUCCAAUCCGUACGGCUAUAACGGAUACCCGGCCUACACGUACAACAGCCCGGCGUAUAACACCAACUACAGCUGCACCUACACCAGUAUCCCCGCCCUUCCUCCCUCCGGCACCCCCAACGCCUUCAUGAACAUGAACUUGGGAAACGUGAGCGGCCUCGGCAGCUCCCCACAGGCUCAAACACACCAAGGGACAGCGGUCACAUCUUGUCAGGGCUCCCUGCAGGGGAUCAGGGCCUGGUAGCCUCACCAUAACAGAACCAGUAUCUUUUUUUUUUUAACGGAGUUCUCCAACCCACAUUCUUUCCUUUAGAAGUGUGUAUUAACCUGGUCAAAAUACAGACAGAAUACAGUAUUGCUUAUAACGGAUGCGCGUUUGGAUUCACUUUUCCGGAUAUUUGGAGAAUUAUAGAGAAAAUUAGUUUCCGUAAUUUGCUGGUUGUCGAAUUUCUGAACAGCACAGGCUUGGGUGAUUUUUUAUUCUGUGGUCCAAUAUUUGUUGGUGCUCUAGUUCGGCACUGAAGCGCAGGGGGGAAAUUGCGCACAAGUUUGCGCAUUUCUCCUUAAUUGAACUGAAAAAGACUGUUUUUUUAACGAUUGUUUUUAUCGUUUAUAUUUUUAGGUUGUGGAGAGACUGAACUGCUUUAAAAUGUUUUUUUGGUUUUUUUUUUGGUUCAACAGAGAAUUGUUUUAGUCUAUUUCGCAUCUAUUCAAAUAAACCCAAGAGAUUAAAGAAAGUGCGUUUUGAUUCUGUAUCCGCACAGAAGCAUAAUAAUCUUAUUUUGUGUGCUAAAUUUGAGAAAAAACGAUUAUUAUAAUACCAAAAUACAUCACAGAGAAGAAAAUGAAAUCCUAUCUUCCCCCAAAUCUGCAAAGAAAUAUUAUUGAUAGUAUAUAUUUGCUUCCAUACGGUGUAACAGUGAAUCAGAUGGUGAAUAUUAGUGAAUCUGAUUCGUGGUGGCAGAUUUUGCUCAUAAACACAGGUCCUGGUAGAGACUAGGACACAGGAACUCUUUGUCCCGGUGCCAGGCGACGUGAAAGGAGGAAGUUAUUCUCCAUUUGAGGUCCUUAAAAGGACGCGAUUAAGCACCUAAAAUACCCGAAGAGCGAGCUGCAGCCGGGCUAGGGAGCGAGAAUAAUGGCUCUUAUUGGAUUGUCGGACAAAAGGUGUGUGGUAGGCAGAGCUGGGCACUCAGCAAAGACAAAAGCGCACAGGGGCCGUGAGAUUGACGUCCUAAUAUUCCCAUUUGAGCGACAGGCAGCGGGUUAUUCUGCGCGGAGAAGGGGACAUGGAGGAAAAAUGUGGUCACUUUUGUUCCCCUUCAGGAGGCUUUUUUUGUUCGCGGAGAAAGGCUCUCCGAGAUCCCCAGCCGUGAGGCUUCGGGGGCAGCCGGGCUCGAGGUGAUGGCAGCGGGGAGGCGUUUGUGUGAAAGAAGAGGGUAUUAUUGCUACAAGUUUCACCAUUUAUCCCGAGGAGGAAAAUGGACUGGAGAAUUUUAAGGGGGUGAGCCCGGUGAGGCUGCAGUGCAGUCUAUUAUUUCAGUGUGAGGGUGUUAUUUCAGCUCAUUCUCACAGGUAACAGUCCAAACUCGGAAAGAAAAAUCUUCUAUUAACACAAAUAAUUAUACAAUAUCACAGAACAAAAUUCACAUACAAUAGAUUUCCUAAGACCGUUGCGCACUACUGAAAGAAAAAUUUACAAACGGAUAUUUUAAUAUUUUUCGCGCAGGCCAAGGAUCCAAGGUUCUUAGUUUGAAGGGUACAAAAUCAGAAUAUUUCCCUGGAAUGGUCAGUUGUUGAUUCAACUAUGAAAUAAAGCUACAACAU